AUGCUGAAAGACGUUGAUGCGGGGUGUGAUCGUCUGCCGCGUGACCUCAAUGACGAGGAACUUCAUGCAGGAGUCGCGAUCGUCGACGUACCAAGCGGAUCGACCGAGUCACCCGUCUUACGCCGUGCCACGGCUCGCCUCGCCUCGCCCUGCAACCCGACACGCCAAGUCUCGCCGCCACGUGAAUGCAAGCCUCCAUCCGGGCCUGUUACGCUGCCAUCGGCGCUAGCAUUCGAUCGCGACGGACAAAAGGCUGAGAAGCACCCUUCCGCAUCGACCCGUGGAGACUUGACGCCGAGCAAGAGGACAGAAUUACGAUACAAGCGUUGGUGCAAACCACCUUCGUACUUUCGUGGAGUCAACGCGGAGAGGCCUGAGCUGAUCGCCGGUCGAUCGAUUCAAGAGAUGAGCGAGUCGGCGCCCACUGCUGCUGAUGUAGUCUGCCGUUCUUUCGAGGCGACUUCUGCUUCGUCCUCGAGAAUGGACAUGCCAAUCGACGAGCAGCUAGGAAAGGCAGAAGGAUUCAAGAGCGAGGGCAAUCAAGCAUACGAGCACGGCCAGUUGACAGAGGCACUCGGCAAAUGGCAUAUGGCGCUGCUUCACUGUGCCGGCAUCAACUCGUUUGCCAGCAUGUACGGCGCCCGCUCCACAGAAGCCGAGAACGAACGUGCUGCCGGCAUCACCAGCGCAGUGUACAACAACAUGGCAGCCUGCUAUCUCAAACAAAACAAGUGGGAUAAGGCGGUGUAUGCAUCUUCCAAAGCGCUGGCACUCGCACCCAAGAAUCUCAAGGCGCUCUAUCGUCGGGCCGAGGCGUAUCUCGAGCUUGGAAGGAAUCAGCUCGCAGCCAGGGACGUCGACCUAGCCCUCGAUCUCAGGCCGGAAGAUCCGGUCAUUCGCAAACUGGGCGAGCGUCUAGUGGACGCCUUCGAGGCCGAAGAGCGGAAGCGAGAGUUGGACAGGACCGAAGAGGCAUGA